AUGGAUGAGACAAUGGCCAAUGCCUCUAACGGCGAGUCGUCCUCUGCCGCCGCCGCAAAACUUCACGACAAUGCCUCUGCCUCAUCACACAGUGGAUCCAGCGUUGGGGUGAAACGGUCCAGGGACGACGGGCCACAAGAUGAGAACGGUGGUGGUGACUGGCAGACUGUCGAGCGUCGCCCCACCAAGAAAUCUAAGAAGACUCCCAAGCCAGAAGGAUCCAACUACCCGUCCAUCACUUUCUCAAAUCAGGCAAGGCUCCAGUCCAAGGUCAACCUCAACCAGUUGAGGGACCUCGUCCUGUAUAUCAUGGCCGACGGCACAGCUCCUCAAUGGGUUUCGGUCAAGCACAGGCCACAGUUCAGAAAGAUCGUCACUGUACUUGUACCUGGGUUGGAGGAGGCCAUGUUCAAGCAGAACGUGGAUUUCUCCGUCUACAACUCCAAGACGCCCGCCCAAGCGGUCGAGCGACUGGUCACAUCACCCGAUGACUACUACCCACGUCCUCUGUCGGAGGAAAAGCUGCCAGAGGCUCUCAAGCCUUUCGCUCGCAUAUUCCCCUACCUUUGGCCGGUGAGAGCCACUGGCGACGACAAGCAGGGUCGCCUGCAUUCUCCCAUUGUCACCUUCCUUACCGCACCUGCUCCAAAGGCUGCCGAUGACAAGGGGAAGAAGGGGCCCAAGCCGGUCAGAGAUCCACAGGGCUGGCAGAACGUGCGGACUCGCAUCACCGAGUUCAUCUUAACGCCGGAGCAAUAUGUUGAAAAUGGGUUCUCUAUCCACCCAUGCCUACUGCCAGACCUGCAGCGGGAAGCCUUUGUAGACCCAGAAGACUGGACUCACACCAAGGUGGACAAAUUCGAACAUGGUGAUGUCCCUGAGAACGAAAUACAACAAGGCAGUGUCACCGCCGGCCGAGAGGUCUUGGCCAUCGACUGUGAGAUGUGCAUGACAGGAGAGAAAGAGUUCUCACUUACAAGGAUCAGCGUCGUCAACUGGGACGGCAAAGUAGUCCUCGACGAGCUCGUCAAACCAGAAAAGCCCAUCACGGACUAUGUGACGCGGUUCUCAGGCAUCACCAAGGAGAUGCUCGACCCAGUGACGACAACCCUGGCUGACAUACAGCAACGCCUGGUCGCCCUAAUCACACCACGGUCGAUACUCGUCGGCCACUCUCUCGACUCAGACAUGAAAGCUCUCAAGAUGACACACCCCUUCAUCGUUGACACCUCUGUCAUCUUCCCACACCCCAAAGGCCAACCGUUCAAGCACUCCCUGAAAUGGCUCGCCCAAAAGUACCUUAACCGCGAGGUGCAAAAGGGUGACAACAUCAGCAGCGGCCACGACAGCACCGAGGAUGCCAGGACGUGCCUGGAUCUGGUGAAGAAGAAGUGCGAGAAGGGCAAGGCCUGGGCCGCAGGCGAGGCAUCCGGCGAGAACCUCUUCAAGCGCCUCGGGCGCGCCGGUGUCAGCUACAAAGCCCAAGGCAGCCACGGUGCGGCUGGGGGCGCUCCGACGGGCAAGUCCACUGCGGCCGUCGACUGGGGCGAUGCCAAGCGCAGUGUUGCCAAUCUGGCGGACGUCGUGUUGGACGGCUGCAACAGCGAUGCGGAAGUGGAGGAGAAGGUGCUCCGCGCGGUGAGGGGAGACCCGGACGGCGCGAUGGUCAAGGGUGGAGGGGUAGACUUCGUCUGGGCGAGGAUGCGCGAGCUCGAGGCCCUCCAGGGCUGGUGGAACCGCGCAAAGACGGACGCCGACGAUGCCGCGGGACCGCCCAAGGCGCUGGAGGACGCGCACGCGGCGUCCAAGAACAACCCUUUCGCAACCAACUCUAGCGCGGAUUCGAAGGACUCCGUGUUCAGCAACGCUGUCCUCGAUAUGAACAGCCUGGCGGCGCCCGAGCAAAAGGACGCAUCCGGCUCCGUGUCUCCGAGGGAGGAGAAAUCGGUCCUCGAGACCUGCCUUAGCAGCUUAGCGGAGAGGCUGAGGCGCAUACACGACGCGCUCCCGCCCUGCACGGCCUUCAUCGUGCUCAGCGGCAGCGGCGACCCGCGCGAGAUGAGCAGACUGCAGGCCAUGCACGCCCAGUGGAAGCGGGAGUACAACACGCCCGGGUCCAAGUGGGACCAGCUGGGCGUCAAGUGGACUGACCGCGAGGAGCAGGCCCUCAAGAAGGCGGCGCAGAGGGCAAGGAACGGAAUUGCGUUUAUUGGCGUCAAGUGA